ACUUCAGCCAUGCCGCCUCGAAUACCUGCAUUCCAAUGCCUGCGGGCGCCGAAUGCCACCCCAUCAUCCAUCACGCGAUCGUUCUCAUCAACUACCUGCCAGCAUGCAUCGACAGUAGCGCAGAGAAAGAGGCAUCGUGAUCCCUGGGCACUUGCACAGGCAAAGGCGAAGAAGGCGGCAAACUUGAGCAGGCAAGAGGUUUUGAAGAAGGAAAGAGCAUCUGCCCUUGGAGAUCCCGUUCGAGGAACCACGACGGCAUUCGUCAAAUCUUUUGAUACCGCUCUACCACCCGAGCCAUCGCCAGACACGCCAUCAGCGCACCAUCUAAAUUUUUACCUCACCAAGGACGAGCUCACAAGAGGCAUUGGCAGAAGUCAAUGGCUGAGCAGCCCGCUGCCAUCCGAGGAAACGGAGCAGUCGCCUGGGGUAGAUUCUGAGAAUGCGCAGAACUCAGAGGAUAUCAACAACACUACUCCUGAAGAACGUAGAAAGAAGCAGGAGCAGGAGCAUGAAAUCGCACAGGAAGCUUUGAGGCGCAUAUCCAGCAUGUCUCUUGGAAGCAGCAAAGACCGUCUUCGCCUCAACAAACAAAGAUGUGUAGACGUGUUUGGCCGCCACAAUACCGACUCCACUUUACCUAAAAAGCCGAGAUCCCUGGACUCGACCGGAAACGAAGAAAAAAAGGAGAUACGUGUAGGCCCGGACACUGGAAGUAGCGAGGUGCAGAUUGCCAUUUUGACUGCAAAGAUUCGUUCUCUGGCAGAUUUUCUAGAGACGAGAGGCACAUCCGACAAGGUCAACAAGCGAAACUUGAGAUUACUCGUUCACAGGAGAGCAAAGCUGUUGAAGUAUUUGAGAAGAAAGGAAAGAGGAGGCCCGAGGUGGCAGAACCUGGUGGAGAAGCUUGGCCUGACCGAUGGUACCUGGAAGGGCGAGAUCAGCUUGUGA